AUGAAGAAAGAUAGAGAACCAAUAGACGAAGAUGAAAUGAGAAUCACCUCCACGGGAAGGAUGACCAAUUAUGUGAACUAUGGUGCCAAAAUUUUAGGGGAAGAAGAUAAAAAAAGCUUGAAAAUAAAAGCCACGGGAAAUGCCAUCGGAAAAGCAGUAACUCUAGCAGAAAUAAUCAAAAGGAGAUUUAAAGGAUUGCAUCAGAUAACGAAGUGCGGUAGUACAGUCAUAACGGACCAGUAUGUUAGUGGACAAGACAACGGAGAACAGGUUGUCCAGGAGAAAACCGUUUCUUUUAUCGACAUUCUGUUAUCGAGAGAUCAAUUAGAUGUAAAAGACCCAGGUUACCAACCACCAUUGGAUGAGAAAUAUGUGAAAGAAAUGUCACCUGAAGAAAUUGUGAACACGAGACCAUAUAGAGGAAGAGGAUUCAGACCCAGGUUCUUUCGUGGAUUCAGAGGUGGCAGAGGUGGGUUCAUGAGACGAGGUGGAUAUAGACCAUUUGGAGAUAGAAUGUAUGAAGGUAGAAACAGCUUUAGAGGAGGUAGAGGAUAUGGUGGCAGUUUUGGUAGAGGUGGUUACAGAUCUGGUGGUAUGGGCAUGUCCGGAAGAGGUGGAUUCAGAGGAGGAUUCCGGGGAGGUAGAGGUGGUUUCCGAGGUGGCAGAGGUGGCUUCAGAGGCAGCAGGGCCUUAUCAUAA